AUGGGAAAUGUCGGUCUGCAAAUCGCAGACUCCGGUUUCGGGGUUAGCGCAGCAGAGGUCAUGCGGGAUUUCGGCGGACAGGGUGGUAUCGCAGGCGAUGACCAGGGCAGCUACUUUGCUGCUGAGCUGAUGAUUGCCAACUUCUUCUACGGUGAUGAAAGUUACCGUGACGCAGGCGCGUUAUACUUCAAUGCAAUUGCCAGCGCGGAAGCAGAAAAGGUGAAAAUCGACCCGUAUACCUACCUCAAACUCUCAAUUUGCUACCGAAAAGUCGGGAUGCAUAAACGGGCGAAAGAGGUUCUCAAAAAGGCAGCACUCCGAGAUGGUGGGGUCAUUGAAGCCGUCAUCAACACCGGACGGAAUCACUACACUUCUGAAUCGUAUGAUAAGGCGUUAGAAACCUACAAUUCUGUUCUUGGAAUGGCUCGAAGCAAAGAUUCCGAGAUUUACUGGUUACUCUCGCUCGUACACAAAAAAUUAGGUGAACCCGAGAAAGAACGAGAGGUUCUUGAGCGAUCUGUCGCGGCGAACACACAGAAUUUGGAUGCGCUACAAAGUCUUGCCGAGGUCCUCCACUAUCGAUUGAAGGAUCGGAAAGCCGCUGUAAUCUUUCAAGAUCUCGUUGAUCAGAAAGGCGAUUCGUACAUCGGAUCUAAAACCGUCGGCGACCUCACCUAUAAGUACGGGAAUUAUGUGCAAUCUCGUGCCAAGUAUAGAGCCGCCGCGCGGACAGCGAAACGGUUGCUCGGUAAAUCGGAAAGCGAGGUCGAAAAACAAAAACUUCGCAAUCAGGUCGUUUAUGCGACUAUUCUCGCCGCACGUGCCACCUAUCACCUGAAGAAAUUGGAAGACGCACAGAAGAUGAUAGAUGAAUUGGCGGCAGAGUAUCCUGAACACGCGUUAAUCCCUUACGGUCGGGGUGAGUUGGCGCUUUUAGAUGGCGAUGCGGAAACUGCUAUUGCUGAAUUCAAAGCCGCCAUUGAGAAGAGCCCACUUUCAGACAUUCCGCUGAUGGCUCUUGGAGAUUACUAUGUCUCACAAGGGUUUAAUGACGACGCUAUAGCCCUUUGGGAAGGCUAUUUGGCGAAAAACCAAUAUAACCAGAACGUCCGUCGUAGCCUUAAUAAGUUGAAAGGUGAAGACGCAGAAUAA